AUGGCUACUCUACACUACCUUCCUCCUGUGAAGCCCUCCGCCAUCGCGCUCGGUGUGGUCUUCACUCAGGCCUCCGCCGCUGCCGUCCUCACCCCUCUCUUUGGCGAUACCUACAACCGUGCUAAGGCCGCUGACUCGAAGGAGGAGUUCUUCAAGUCCAGAGAGACAGCUACCGCUGCUGCUUCUUGGGGAUCUUCUAUCGUCGGCUCCGGUAUUCAAACUUAUGGUGUCGCUGCUCUGCUCAAUGCCACUGGUACUCUCAGCUACAAGGGUGCUGCCUAUCUUGGUAGCUUGGUCUUCUUCGCCUCCGCCGGCCCUGGUUUGAUUGCCCAAGUCGUCUCCGAGAAGCGUCCCCUCGAUAUCGUCGCCGUCGGCGUCGUUAGCCGCGUCUUCGAGACCGUUGGCUUGUCCCUUUUCCUCACCUGGUGGGGCACCCGCACCAACCCCUUCGACUAA